AUGCUCGUUUCUAGGCAUUCUGACACUGAGCAGAGCCAUUGGUCUUUCAGCAAGUUCGAGACCACUUACCAGAAGCCGACUAGCUCACCACGUAUGUCGAACCACUUCGACGCUCCGCUGUCGACUCAGUCCGACUGGCAGGGGCAGUACUCGUACCUGCCACCUAGCGAGAACAACAUCUUCUCACAGCCAUUUGAGUCGUCAAAUGACAGCUCGGAGACCUCACAAGCUCGCGCCGCCGCCAACGGCACGACCAACGGUUCAGUAGAUAUGAGCCAAAAGGACGGCCCCACAGUCGGCCUCGAUCAUAGGCGCGCUCUCGAUCCCCUCGGUCUCCGCUCUGCGAAGCCUCCCACCCCGCUCCUGAGCACCAGGACGGUCAUCAGCAAGAUCAAUACGGGAGUCGACGGACAACCUGCACGGCCUGGCUCUGCGGAGGCGGCCGCACAGAAAGACGAUGAUGAUGACCUCGUUGAUGACGACGAUAUGGGCGUCGCGGAGGGCCCUGAUGGUCAACCACAAACCGCAGCCGAAAGGACGGCGCAGAGGAGGAAGAUGAAGCGCUUCAGGCUCACACACCAGCAGACCCGCUUUCUCAUGAGCGAGUUCGCAAAACAACCCCAUCCCGAUGCUGCCCACCGAGAGAGGCUUUCUCGGGAGAUUCCCGGCCUGAGCCCCCGUCAAGUCCAGGUGUGGUUCCAGAACAGGCGUGCCAAGAUCAAGCGGCUGACAGCCGACGACCGAGACCGCAUGAUGAAGAUGCGGGCUGUCCCCGACGACUUUGACAAUGUUGGCGCCCUUCACUCGCCCUACGGCGCUGUCCACGGACUCGGAACCCCAAUCUCCUCGCCCGUCGACUUUGCAACUCCUUCCUACGCUGAGCACAUGAUGAGAGGAGGGCCUCUGAUGGUUGAUGUUAGACGGGCUGAGGGCGAGGACCACAUGUCCCCAACUGGCUUAAGCCCUGCAUUUGGCAACAUCGGUUUCAACUCUGGGAACAUGAGCAACCCCGACAUUCUCUCUCCUCUUUCCCCUACUGCCAAUGACCGAUCCGACAAUCUCCAAUCCCCUCUACGGUCCAGCAUGUCAUGGAAGGGGGACUCGAUCGACUACAACUCGUACCAGAACCAGCAUAAUAGCCCGCAGCUUGGCGGUCAAGGCAGAUCCGUCUAUCCGCAAGACCAAUUGAGUGGUACAUCAAGCAGCAUGGGAUACGACUCCACCUAUACCACUGCGGCAGUGCAAUCUCCAACUGCAAUGAACUACCCCAACGUGCAGCCUUCCAGCCUGCAACCAAACCCUCAGAACCGCAGCUCUCGCCUCCGAGCGGCGUCUGCGACGCUACCCCUCGGACUCGACCUUCGCAACCAGUAUCGGCCCGUAGGUAGCGCGCUCCAGUCGCCGGGGCCUGCAACGGCGUCAAGGGCCAAUACUACCUCGCAGUACGGCUCCAACAGCUACACGGCCAGCUUUCCUUCUGCCCCUUACGGCACCCGUGGAUUUUUCCCUUUCGAGGAAUAG